CUGGGCGCCGGAAGCCCUUCCCGUGCCGUAAAACGACAGCGGCUCACUUCGUUUUGGAUUUCUCUUCCUCCUCUGCUUCUUGUUGCCCCCUUCCUCUUCUCUUCUUGCCGCGCGCUCUACCAUUCUUUGGAUUGGAGAGGCAAAGAACCCGCCUUUGGUGUCCUCUCGCCGCCGGCGCACGCCCAUUCUUGGCCUCCUGCCGUUUGGCCUCCUGCCGAUUGAUAAGAGGGGAAGACGAAGAGCCUCCCUGCGCCUCUCUGUUCUUGGCUGCGUGUAGCGAUUGAUUGGUAUUCUCUCCUCCUCCUCCUCGCCGUUGGAGUCUGUGGGGGCGCAUUGCCCGCCGGGAGAGAUGGAGGCGGAGGCGGAGGCGCCAUUGCUCAAGGGGGAGAACCACCCGGGUUGCCCCGGCUGUGCCUACGACCGCAAGAAGGAGCUCUACAGGGGAUUGCCUUACAAGGAGUUCCUCUAUCUCUGGAUGAUCUGUCUCACCGCCGCUUUACCGAUAUCAUCAUUGUUCCCUUUCUUGUACUUCAUGAUAAGAGACUUGCAUGUUGCAAAAAGAACAGAAGACAUUGGGUUCUAUGCUGGCUUUGUGGGUGCUUCUUUUAUGUUUGGCCGAUGUUUGACUUCAACUGCUUGGGGGAUCGCAGCAGAUCGUAUUGGGAGGAAACCAGUUGUUGUGUUUGGCAUUUUCGCCGUGGUCAUCUUUAAUACUUUAUUUGGGCUUAGUGUCACCUAUUCGAUGGCAAUAGCUACGAGAUUUCUUCUUGGUGCUUUAAAUGGUUUGCUUGGGCCAAUAAAGGCUUAUGCUAUUGAAGUUUGCCGACCUGAACAUGAAGCUCUUGCGUUGUCACUUGUUAGCACAGCAUGGGGAAUAGGUCUCAUCAUUGGCCCAGCUCUUGGAGGCUACCUUUCACAGCCUGCAGAGAAUUUUCCAAAUGUCUUUUCACCUGACUCACUCUUUGCAAGGUUCCCAUAUUUCUUACCAUGCUUAUGCAUAUCAGUCUUUGCUGCUGUUGUUCUCGUAGGCUGCAUAUGGAUGCCGGAGACAUUACACAAGCAUAAAGCUGAUGUAAAUAGAUAUGAAACCGUUGAAUCUUUGGAGAGCGAUUUUAUUGAUCUGAAAGGAAAGGCUGAGCAAAAUGGUACAUUGAACAACAAGAAGAGCUUAUUGAGUAAUUGGCCAUUGAUGUCAUCCAUAAUUCUCUACUGUGUCUUUUCCUUUCACGAUAUGGCUUAUACAGAGAUAUUCUCUCUAUGGGCAGAAAGUGACAGGAAGUACGGUGGGCUGAGUUUGUCAUCUGAGGAUGUGGGUCAAGUGCUUGCAAUCACGGGUGCCAGUCUUCUUGUGUAUCAACUCUUCAUUUAUCCUCGCAUUAAUAAGGUUCUAGGACAUAUUAAGGCUUCUCGAAUUGCAGCUAUUGCGUGCAUACCUAUUCUAUUCACAUACCCAUAUAUGACAUACCUAUCAGGACCUGGACUAUCAACCGUACUGAACAUUGCAUCAGUUAUAAAAAAUAAUCUUUCUGUUACCAUCAUUACAGGAUGUUUCAUCCUACAAAAUAAUGCUGUGCCUCAAGACCAACGAGGGGCUGCCAAUGGCUUGGCAAUGACAGGAAUGUCCCUUUUCAAGGCAGUGGCUCCAGCAGGGGCAGGCAUUGUGUUUUCGUGGGCACAAAAACGCCAGGACGCCUCCUUCCUUCCUGGUGAUCAGAUGGUGUUCUUUCUUCUGAACGUCUUUGAGUUCCUCGGACUUAUCCUCACUUUCAAACCCUUUCUGGCCUUUCCAGAACAGCAAGAUACAAAUUAGAUAUUCAGUUAUACUAGCACAGAUUUAGAUUCUUCAGAUGUUGGUAAUUCAUGAGCCCUGCACCCGGCUGAGUGGCGAAGGCAUAAGCAUGCCUUUCAUAAUGUUCAUGUGGAGUCGCAGGAGCAACACAAGGGAGGGUUGAUCAUUCCUGAUGCUUGUAUAGUAUGUGCCAUAGAUGCUUGUAUAAUGGAAGGAAUAUAUAUAGUUGGUGUAAAUGGUGGCCAAAUCAAUGGUUAGCUUUUUCAUGUCUAGCUCACAUGCCGACUCCCAUGACAUUGUAACUAAGUACUGUAAUCCGCUAUGUGCAUCUUAGUUAUGUACUAGUUACUUAGUUCUAAUAAAGCUUCCAAUCUAAAAAAAACAAAGUAUUGUAAAACUCUUUAUAUCUGGAGUACUGCAUCGCUAUUAU